AUGUCUUACUACAGCGAGUCCUGCAGACCCUGCGAGGUGACCUGCCCUCAGCCAAUUGCCGAGAGCUACAAUGAGCCGUGUGUGCAGCAAUGCCCCGACUCCAGAGCAGUCGUCUUCCCCCCACCAGCUGUGGUGACAAUCCCAGGCCCCAUACUCAGCUCUUUUCCUCAGGAGAGCAUUGUGGGAUCGUCAGGGCCAGCUGGGUUGGGGAGUUCCUUCAGUUCCCGAAGCUUGCAGGGCUAUGGGGGGGGCUCCUUUGGUAGCUCCUUUGGUCUGGGAGGCUAUGGGAGUUACGGGAGCUCCCUGGGCUAUGGGGGCUCCUCUGGCUAUGGGGCCUCCUUUGGUUUGGGGGGCUAUGGGGGCUCCCGGGGCUCCGGAAGCUCCUUUGGUCUGGGGGGCUGUGGGAGCUCCCUGGGCUUUGGGGGUUCCUCUGGCUUUGGGGGCUCCCGGGGCUAUGGGAACUCCUUUGGUUUGGGGGGCUGUGGGGGCUAUGGUGGCUCCCUUGGGUAUGGCCGUUCCCUUGGUUAUGGAGGUAAUGUGGGCUAUGGGGGCUCCCUGGGCUAUGGGUCCAGUGGCUUUGGCAAUUGCAGGAGGUCCUACAGCUCUGGUUUCUCCUCCUACGGCACGGGGUAUUACCGCCCUGGUGCCCAGAGGUGGGGCAGGUCCCGCCGCGGCAGCUGUGGGUCGUUCUAA